AUGAUCUGGCAUACUUUGAAAGUGGGGGCGCAGUUGAUUAAGGAUGCUCUUUUUUGGAUCUAUCAUUCGGGUUCACAGGCUCUUUUUUGGUUAGAUUCCUGGGAUGGUCACCCUCCUAUUCUUUCUUCUUUUCCUCAUCUCCAGCCUCUGUCUGAGGUUUUUAGCGCAGCUGGCUGGGAUACUGUGGAGCAUUAUAAGGUGGCACAACAUGAUGGUUUGGUUCUUCGGUUUCAUUGGAAGCACCCUUUUGAGUGGCCUCCAGGAGGGUCUGAGGGGGAUAGGCGUGAGCUUUCCCAACUUUUGGCUUCCCGUGCUUGUAAUUCUUUGAGAGGAACUGAUGUUUUGGCUUGGGAUGGUUCAAACUUGUCUGGAAAGUACUCUGUGGUUGCUGGUUAUAAACAGAUUGGUAGGCAGUUGUUUGGGGACAUUGAGGUCCCUUGGUGGAAGCAUGUUUGGCACAAGUUGUCAUGGCCCAAGUGCAACUUCUUUAUGUGGUUAGUGGCCCAAAAUCGGUGUCUCACUUGGGAUAAUUUAUGUAAGCGUGGUUUUCAAGGCCCUUCUAUGUGUGUUUUGUGUCAAGGUUGUGAAGAGAGUGUAUCCCAUAUCUUCUUCCAAUGCUCCUAUGCUAGGGAGAUUUGGCACUUCUGGUGGGGAGUGUGGAAUACGACCUGCUGGCAUGUUUCCUCUUUGGUGGAAUUUUGGGAACGAUGGGGAAGGGCCCCUGUUUCUACUUCCUUUCUCCAGGCUGCUUGGGCCAUUGGGCCUUCCUUUAUUAUCUGGAAUCUUUGGUUGGAGAGGAAUAGGCGGAUCUUUCAAGAUUUGCAGCUGAUGGCUCCUCACCUUUGGAGGAAAAUUUUACACUCCUUAGGGGAAACUAUUGUGGCUAAGUGUGAUAUGACUAUGCGGGUGGACCCUCGGGAUGUUGACUGUUGUAAUCGCCUUCAUCUUCCUCCUCCGCAACGACAACUCAUGCGUAACAGGUGUAGGCAUCCUACCCCAAAGGUGAAUAGGGAGGGAAGAUGGUCCCCUCCUCCCUUGGGAGUCCUAAAAAUCAACUCGGAUGGCUCUUCUCGUGGUAAUCCUGGUCAUGCUGGCAUUGGAGGUGUGGGCCGUGAUAGCUCAGGGGAUGUUCAGUUUAUUUUCUCUGAGUAUAAGGGUCUUCAUACAUAA